AUGAGACCUCACAACAGCACGCCGCCUCAUUUGAAGAAGAAGGCUGUCGAGAAGAAUACCACUAACACUGAAAAGUCACUGGUCGUUGCCAGGACCAACACAGCUGACGUGGAGAAAUCUGCUAUCCCAAGUCCUACUGCCAACGACGUCGCCAAUGCUCCCGCCAUAGCCCCCGAAAGCACACUGUCCAACGCCUUGGUUCCUUAUGGCAUCCAAAAUACCCUUUCACCAAUGGAGAUGAUCCAGCACGAGACUGUCCAAAAUCUUCAGGCUCUCUUGGACGAUGCUCAAGCUCGACUGAACGCCGCCAAUGCUCGCUGCGAUCAGCUCCAGGCCGAGAAUGAGCAGCUUCGUCAACAGCUCAGCACCGACGCCCAGGGUACUGCACAGACUACACCAGACGGUCGUGGAGAGACGCUCUGUGGUUAUGCUGAGUCUGAAGCGGCUGAAGAGAGUGUAGUGUCGAAUGGCGCUCCUGCUCAGACUGAUAUGGCAGUUAGCGAGAAGGUAGAUACCAUCACUCAAAUUCUGCAAGUGCAUACCGACAGGCAGUCCAAGCUUGAGUCCGCAACUGCUCGCCAAGAAGAGUUGAUCCAGGCUCUGAUAUCUCAAUUCACUGGAGACGGUCCAGCCCCGCUCCAGGUCUCUGCGCAGAAGGACACGGUCUCGGCUAUUGAGCAUCGCAAGCUGGUGGAUAAGAUGGCGAACCUGGAACAGACUCUUGCAGCCAUCCAGCACUCGCCUGCUCAAAGCAUCACGCCGGACUUCCAAACCCGUAUCGAGCGCAAAAUCCGCCAGCAGGAACGCAUUGACAAUGCUCCAAUCCGUGCGGAUCUCAUCCAGUACUAUGAGGUUUUGAGCGAGCAGAUUGCAGGUAAAAAGGUGGGCCGGGGUACUCGGUUCGAGGGAACGGAGGAUGAGUUGUGGACAUUGCGUGAUCAUGUGGCGCUGCCUCCACCACCGCCAUGUGCCCCGUCGCAUGUCGACCUCAACGGCUACUGCCUCAACCCUGGCUGCGCACUCUGGCGCACACUCGCCAUGCCACCACCCCCACGUCAGCACCACCCGAUCGCCUCGCAGCCAUGGGUGCCCACUGCAGCAGUUUACCGAUCUGUGGAUGAGUACCUCAGGGACUUAGCCAGCUGGGGUCCCCAGCCACUGCCGCAGAUGACUCCUCCCGACUUCCCGUCUGUGCCCGACCCGGUUCACCAGCAUGCGAUGGCGAUGCCUGAAUACGGCGGUCAUCUGCCGGCCCCUACCUCUCCUGAGUCGCCUGUGGUGUGCUAUACACCUGACGUCACGCCUCAGGCCAGCUUUGUCGAGGGUCACUUCAACCUCCCGCACACUGCGUCUGGUGACGAUGACACGUACAACCCGGUGCAGCAGCAGCAACCACCUGCUGAACCUCAAGACUCCCCACAACGCAACAACAAGAUCAUCAACGGCUUUUCCUCCAAGGACAUGAUUCCCUUUCUCAUCAAGCUCUCAAAGCACGGUGAUCUUGACUUCAACAUCUACGUACGCUUCCUCCAGAUGAUCGGAAGCUUCCAAACCGGUGAUAAGAGCUUCGAAUACACGUGCGGCCAAGUCACCGAGCUCCUCAAGGAGGCACCCGAUCUUGCGAGCGAGUUCGAGGAAUUCGUGCCUGAAUUCUAUUCUGGGACUGAGGACACACGCGAAGACGUGAGCGAGGUGCUUAGCGCAACUGAAGAUGGCUUUGGCAGGGAGCCACCCUCUACCAAGACCUACUCACUCGGCGAUGGGUGGGGACAUAUGAGCAAUGUUACCUACGAGAAGCCUGUCCGAGAGCGUCCUUUCACUUAUCGUUCAGCUUCGGAUGGGGCUCAGACAGACAACUCUGACGCCUCUCCAGAGUUCAAGCGACGCACGGGCUCGAAUUGGGGGCAGCCAUCGUAUGUCACUGACGAUGGCACUGAGACACCAGAAAUGCAUGCACACAGUCCGCAGUGCGCCUUCGAUUGUGAGGAUCCAUGUCACUGGCAAGAUGUGCGUUACAUGCCUGAUGGUGUGGCUUCGAUCUCUCGGAAGCCUAGUUCAAGAUCGAGCAGCCCAUGGGUGAAAUCAAGGUCACCGAUCGAGUCUUCUUUCUCGAGAGCUUUCAGACAGAAGUCCCACGAGCUCAACGCCGAAGGUAUCACUGCCCUGUAUCCAGGCCAGGAAGAAGCCAGCUUUCUAUGCAGUUGCAUCGCCAAAGUCGGUCUCAGCGCGGAUGAUCGCUACAAGGCCCUGGGUAUCAUCAGCACUCUUCACAUGGGCAAUGGAUCGAGCAUUCCACAGGUCAAUACCAGUCCUGCCACCGUCGCUACUCCCUCUCAAGAUGUCGACCGUGAAGCUCUUCAUCGCAUCGAGAUCAUGCUGGCUGGAAUGCGCGGACGCGGCACUGCCGCCCCAAAUGCGCCAACUGCAGCUCCAGCUCCUGAUUCCAAAGACGAGAGUGCCCACAGCGAGCUCAAAGACCUACGUUAUCAAAUGGAUGACUUGGAUGACGCCAACAACCAUCUCGGUAACAGAAUCAACAAUCUGAACUACAGACUCGAGAAGGAAGCCGACUGGCGACACAGACUCAGCCAGGAUGUAGGUGACAGCUUCUGUCGUUCCUGGAACCUCGAAGGCAAGGUGGACGGCUUGACGAGCAAGGUCAACGCUGAGAUUAUCCGUCGCGAUUCUGCUGCUGCGUCUGAGACUCGUCGAAUGGAUGCAUGGAUCUCAUGGCUUGUGCAGAAGAUUGAUGGGCUCGAGAACAAGUUGACUGGAUCCAUGAACGCCUACCCCCAGCUCGACCAUGUUCAAAACGACAAGCUGGCCGCCGUCAGCAAGGGCCUGAACGCCGUGCAGCAGAAGUUGCACAACGAAGCUGUCGUCCCUGUUCGACAGCUUCAGAGCCAGGUCGAAGACUUCAAUCAUGUAUUGUCGGCCCAUGAUUCCCGCCUCAACGACCUGGAGCAUAGCCUAGAGAGCGGUGAUGUCGAUCAGCGCUUCGUCGAUGCCGAGCUACAACUUGAGUCUUUCCGCGAGGACAUCAAGGCUCUCUUGGAUGCGAAGAACGACAGCUCUAUUCAGGACAUCAAAGCCGACCUCCGUGGCCAGGCCGACAAGUCUGAAGAAGUGUUAUCGACCCUUGAUCGCCGCAUUGGCGACUUGGAGCAGAGUGUCGAUGUCCGCGAUGUCAACGAUCGCUUCCAAGACGCCGACCUACAGCUUGAGGACUUGCGCAAGGAGGUCAAGACUCUGUCCGGCGCGAGAGACGACGGACUCAUCAACGCCAUCGAAGCUGAGCUCAAGGCCGUGGCAGACCGACAAUCACGCCUUGAAGUGCAGAUGAAGUCGACAGUUUCUGAGACCGAUGUCCUGAAGAAGAACUUGGCGGGCGGAGACGUCAACCAGCGCUUCAUCGAUGCCGAGUUGCACCUCGAAGACCUGCGAGAGAAGAUUCAGACUCUAUCCGAAGCAAAGGAGAGCGGAACCACCAAGGCCAUGAGAGCUUCACUCAAGGAUCUGACGGACAGACAAGCAUAUCUCCACGCAGAACUCGAGUCGACGGUGUCCCGUGUAGAUGGCCUCAACACCGACCAAGAAAAGCUCAGAGUCCUGGGCAACAAGGUCAACGUCCUUGAACUCUCCAACAAGAUGAUCAACCAGCGCUACACCAACGAUGAGAAAGAGCUCAAGUCUUUGGCCAGCAAGGUCAACGUCCUCGACUCUUCCAACAAGCUGGCUUUGCGCAACUCAGGAGAUAUCCAGACCAAGCUCGACGAGUUGACCAACACCUGCGAUGCCCUGCGGGAGAACGCAGACAGUUCGGGCGUUCGUCACAGGAUCAAGAUUCACGCCCUUCCUGCACGCCUGGAAGAGGCUGAAGAGAGCUUGAAAGACAUCAAGGCUCAAACGGAGAAGGCUCUCCACAACGGAGCCCAGACUAUCAUCCCAAUUCUGCAGGCCAAGGUCAACGACCUCGCCGAUAGGUAUCCUUCGCUCGAGUCGGACGCGAACGAUAUCAGCGAGCGCCUCGCCAGCGUGGAGCGCAGCAUCGACUCCGGACCCGUAGAGAAGCGCUUCGUCGACGCCGAAGUCCAGCUCGAAGAGCUCGAGCAAAAGCUGAAGGACCUCUCCAGCACCAAGGGCCAAGCACCAAGCAAGGAUAUCGAGACCGCGGGCCUUGCGGACCACGGUAGGGGAGGCGUGGUGCCUCUCCUGAAGAUUGGCAGCGCCAACAACACUACUCGUCCUAACAUCCACUUUGGCUCAUUCGCACCCACCGACGGCUCAGAGUCCCCAGCAAAGCCCGUAGCGACUCGCUUCGAGGACCGCCUCGAGAAGGCUCAAGCUACUCGAGCCGAAAAGGUUGAGGUGGAGGUGAAGAGGCUGAGAGAGCAGAUCAUGAGUUCGUCGCGCCUCGACCGUCACUCCUUUCUUGAACCGGCCAUGUCAGCUCGAUCGAAGCGUGCGAAGCCGCGGGAGUAG